UUCUCGUUAUAAUGGUUUGCGAUUUACUUUCUCUCACACUUUUACGUUCUGCCGGAGAUUUGGGUGCAGAUAUUGCAGUAGGUAGUGCUCAACGGUUUGGACUUCCUCUUGGGUAUGGCGGACCUCAUGCUGGUUUUAUGUCUGUUGCCAAUUUAGCUUCGGCUAGGCAAAUGCCUGGAAGGAUUGUUGGAGUUUCUAGGUGUUUUCUGGAAAUUAUUUAAGCUAUUUUUUCAAAUAUUUAGAGAUCAACAGGGAAAUAUUGCUUAUCGUUUAACU